AUGGCAACUGAUACUAGACCAACGUCUACUCAAGCUGUUAUCACUACAUUAUUAGCUAAUUUAGCCUUAUGUGGAGGAUUUGUUGGAGCUUUCAUCCUUUUAAGAAUCAAAUUUAAAAGAAUUUAUUCUCCAAGAGCCUCAUUAGAUAUAGUCGAUGAGAGUAAACGUCCACCAGAAUUACCAAAAGAUCCUAUUUCUUGGAUAUUCAUUUUACUUGGUAGAUCUCAUAGUCAAAUCAUUGAAUACGUAGGGUUGGAUGGAUAUUUUUUCUUAAGGUACCUUUUCAAUAUCAGUGCCUUAUUCUUCAUGGGAUUAUUGACUUACACGGUGUUGUUACCAAUAAAUGCUACCAAUGGUAGAGGAAAUACAGGAUUUGAUAAGUUAUCGAUAUCUAAUGUUCAGAACCCCGACAGAUAUUAUGCCCAUGUAUUCAUAGGGUGGUUAUUUUAUGGAUUGGUUAUUUUUGUCAUUUAUAGAGAAUUAUUCUUAUACAAUUCUCUUAGAUUAGCAGCUUUAUCAUCACCAAAGUAUGCUCAAAAAUUAAGUUCCAGAGUAGUUUUGUUUCAAUCAGUUCCUGAUACUUUAUUAGAUGAAAAGCAAUUUUUCAAGAUGUUCAAUGGGGUUAAAAGAAUUUAUAUUGUAAGAAAUGCUAGGAAGUUAGGAGGUAAGGUUAGAACUAGAGAUGGAUUACUUUCUAAAUUAGAGGCUGCUGAAAACAAGUUAUUAAGAAUGGCUGUGAAGAAUAAGUUGAAAGCUGAUAAAAAGGGUACCCCUAUUGAAGGUACUGAUAUCAAUGAUUAUGUUCCAGAAUCCAAGCGUCCAAAAUUUAAACCUGAUGGAAUGUUUGGUAAGAAAGUUGAUACUAUUAAUUACUGUUUAGAUUUGAUUCCCAAGCUCAAUAAAGAAAUUAGAUCUUUACAAAAACAAUACAGAUCAGCUAGACCCAAAAAUUCCCUUUUUGUUGAAUUUGAAAAUCAAUACACCGCUCAAAUAGCUUAUCAAACUGCUAUCCAUCAUAAUCCUUUGAGAAUGACUCCUGUAAGUACCGGAAUGGAACCAGGGGAUGUUAUUUGGCAUAAUUUAAGAAUGUUUUGGUGGGAAAAAUCUGUUAGAUCCACUAUUGCUUGUUGUGCUAUAGCAGCAGUAGUAAUUUUAUGGGCUAUUCCAGUUGCAUUCGUAGGGGUUAUUUCUAAUCUUACCUACAUUACCAAUAAAUUACCAUGGUUGAAGUUCAUUUAUAAGUUACCUAAGGUAUUAUUAGGAUUAAUUACAGGUUUGUUACCAACUAUCAUGUUGUCUAUUUUAUUAGCAAUGUUACCAAUCUUUAUAAGAGGUAUGGCAUCAGUGGCAGGAGCUUCAAGCGUUCAAAAAGUCGAAUUAUUUUCCCAAAAUGCAUACUUUGCAUUCUUGAUAGUCAAUUCAUUCAUUGUUAUUACUUUAGCUUCAUCAGCAACUUCGGUUGUAACUCAAAUCAUUGAAGAUCCAACUAGUUCUUUAAAUUUGUUGGCCCAAAAUUUACCAAAAGCAUCGAAUUUUUUCAUAUCAUAUAUUAUUUUACAAGGUUUAUUGAUCACUGGAUCAACCUUGUUCCAAGUAGUUGGAUUAUUUUUGUAUUACAUUUUAGGAUUCUUCUUAGACAGUACACUUAGAAAGAAAUGGUUAAGAUAUAGCUCAUUAGAUGGUAUGGUUUGGGGUACUUUAUUCCCUGUUUAUACUAAUUUAGCUGUUAUUACAUUGGCUUACUCGAUUAUUUCCCCUAUGAUUUUGGUAUUUUCAGCUUUUGCGUUUAUGUUUGUGUUUAUUGCAUUUUCAUACAAUUUAUCCUAUGUUUAUAAUGAAGGACCUGAUGUCAGAGGAUUACAUUAUCCAAGGGCUUUAUUCCAUACCUUCACAGGUAUCUAUUUAGGCCAAGUUUGUUUAUUAGGAAUGUUCGUUGUUGGUAAAGGUUGGGGUCCAAUUGUCUUACAAGCAAUCGGUUUAGGAUUCACUGUUUUCUGUCACAUGAAUCUUAAUCAGUCCUUCGAUAAAUUGAUCAAAGUCAUUCCUAUCGAUGUUAUGAGACCUUUGGAUGGGGUUAGUGAAACACCUUCAUUCCAAGGACAAACUGACUAUAAAGUUAAAGUCUUGGAUAGAAAGAAACAACAUACCCAUCAUAAAUAUGAUAGUGAAGAACAAUUAAAUCAAGCUAUCAACGAAGAAAAUCAAAUAAACGAUAAAGUCAAACAAGACAUGUUAGAUGACGAUAUUGAAAUGCAACAGAAUGUUUCCACCAUCACUCCUUUAUUAGCUGAUAGAGAUAAUAAAAAAUUAGAGUCCAAUAAUUUAUUCAUCCAAUUUUUCAGACCUGACGUUUUCCAUAAUUUUAGACACGCUAAGAAAUUAUUACCAGCUUCAUAUAACAUCAGUCCGGAACAAACCGAUGACCCUCACGCAUAUAGUGCCCCAGUCGCUUCAUCUAAACCUAUGACGGUUUGGAUUCCUAAAGAUCCUAUGGGAUUAUCAAAAAUUGAAAUUGAAAAUGCUAAAGGUUCAGUAGAUAUGUCAGAUGAAAAUUCUUCCUUCAACGAGAAAGGAGGUAUAAUCUUUUUAGGUCCAUCCCCAUAG